AAAGUAAUAUUUCAAGAUAAAAUGUCUGUGCCAUAUGUGAGUUCAUAGUGUUUACCAAAAUUGUACAUAUGGCAAUAUAAGUAGUGCUCUACCCUCCAGAGUGAGUAGGGCUCAUAGUGAUGCUCACUUAUCACAAAUACAUAAGGAAAGGCUCAUUCCUUUGUUACAUAACUUUGAAGUCAUUGGUCCCAGCUUUGGUUUGCAUAUCUUUAAAACUCAGAGCACAUAGGCAAAUUGCUCUUUCUGCAAAAGUACACUUUGUGGCUCAGACACACACAAAAAAAGUCAAAUGAAGAUGUAAUGUGCCUUAUGUUCUUAUUUUAUUGGUUGCAUAAAAUAAAUGGCAAUUGACACCCAACUUAUUUUAUAGAUUUUAUGGAUGUUUUAUCCUCACUCCUUCCCUCUCACAGUAUAUGGCAAACCUGUCAUCCCAUCCAAUGGAGGCCUGCAGUUUCUUAUGCAGGACAGCAGUUAUCUUGAGCAAACUGGAGUUCUAGAUGGUGACCAAGUGGACCAGGGCAACAAUAUGGCCCCUGCAUCCUCCUCUGUUGAUGGCCAGGAGGUAGAACGUGUUCCCCGGCCCCUCAGCCCAACCAAACUUCUCCCAUUCCUCUCCAAUUCCCAUCGGCUCCAGAGCGAUGCUGAUUUGGAGGCCCUGAGGAAGAGACUGCACCAUGCUCCCAGGCCUCUUAAAAAGCGUGGCUCUAUAACAGAAUCUGAAGGGCCUGGUGGACCCAACAUCCAGAAGCUACUCUACCAAAAGACCACGUUGGCAGCCAUGGAGACCACUAUAACCCCAGCUACCUUCUUUCAGACAGAAGGCGAGGAUGGAUGCAGGCCGGUAGCUGAUGAGAGCACUAGACCCCCAGAGGGACACUGUGAUACUACAAUACCUGAGUGUGAGAAAGAGGAGGAGGAGCUGAUGCCUCCACCUCUUCCACCUCGAUCGCCUAUCCUGGAUGACAGCACCAUUUCUAGCACUGUACCGAAGAAUUCACCACUGAAGGAAAAACAGGAAGUCUAUGGCCCAUCAGCUCCAGAGCCUUAUGUUGAGGAGUACCCACCUUACCCUCCACCUCCAUAUCCCAGCAUGACAGAGCAGGAGGGACCAGGGGAGGACAGCGUCAAUAUGAAAGUUCCAGAGGUCACAGGACAGGUCAUGCUACCACCGGGCAAAAGAACAAACCUGCGUAAGACGAGCUCGGAUCGCAUCAACCACGGAAUGCGUGUGCACUUUAACUCUCUGGCUCUUCUGUUGGACUCCUCUUUAGAGGGCGAGUAUGACCUCGUCCAGAGGAUCAUAUAUGAGGUAGAAGACCCCAGUUUACCCAAUGAUGAGGGCAUCACUGCUUUGCACAAUGCUGUGUGCGCUGGACACGCGGAAAUCGUAAAGUUCCUGGUGCAGUUUGGAGUGAAUGCGAAUGCCGCAGACAGCGAUGGAUGGACUCCCCUGCACUGCGCUGCUUCUUGUAAUAACGUGCAAGUAUGUAAGUUCCUGGUGGAAUCAGGAGCUGCUGUAUACGCCACAACCUACAGCGAUAUGCAGACAGCGGCAGACAAGUGCGAGGAGAUGGAAGAAGGUUAUGCCCAAUGCUCACAGUUUCUCUAUGGUGUGCAGGAGAAGAUGGGCAUCAUGAACAGGGGCAUUGUUUAUGCCCUGUGGGACUAUGAUGCUGAGAGUCCGGACGAGUUGUCCUUUAAGGAAGGAGACUGCCUGACCAUCCUACGAAGAGAGGACCGUGAAGAAACAGAGUGGUGGUGGGCGAGAUGUGCUGACAAUGAGGGCUAUAUACCUCGCAACCUCCUCGGGUUAUACCCCAGAAUCAAGCCCAGACAGAGGAGCCUUGCAUAAACUCUCCAAAUCAGCGCUUAUGUGCCUGGAGUUUUGUCUAUCAUUUCAACAGUCACUUAGUUCUGCAGAGCAAAAGGACAUUUUGAAGAUGAACGCAUUACAUUUACAUGGUGAAGAAAAUAAGAAUAGUUUCAUGUUGGUAUGUUAUACAUGUUUUUAAGGUUAAAAGCUUUGGUAGAAAAGGUAGACAUAGAUGCAUAUUUCAGAAGCAGUUUCAAGCAUGUAUAGUAAAGUGAAAGAGGAAUGAAGAAUUUAUGAAUGGUACAGAUGCAUUAAUAGUCAUCUGAGUAUUAUAUCUCAUAUGAAGGAUGUCAGAUUUAGUAGUGUAAUUUUUCAUCUUUUUGAACAAAGUUUCUGUAUUCACAAAUGCUGAUUUGUUUCACAAAGUGCAAAACAAAAAGCAUUCAUCUUUUGAAGGAAAAUAAAGAGUUUUAUAUAAUUUUUUUUUCCUGUUUAUUUUAUUCAUAAUGCCAUGUUAUGUAAACCUAUUCUUAUGGUGCUUGCUGCUAUGCUACAACAGUGUGUUCUGUGAACAAUUAACAAUUUAUUGCGCAAAGACAGCUUUCAUUUAUC